UCUUGUAAGUUGAAAACAUAUUAGUCGUAGGCUAUAUUCUUUGGCAUUUUCAUUAGGGUUUUACAUUUGUUCACAUUUCAACUCUCUCUGCCCAGUACUAAAUCAUGAGUCGUUAUCCCGAGGUGAAAUGGGCUCAAAGAGCUGAUAAGGUUUUCAUUACGGUGCAAUUAUCCGAUUCGAAGGAUGCAAAGGUCAAUCUUGAGCCGGAGGGAGUGUUUAAUUUCUCUGGUACUGUUGGAACUGGCAAUACCCAUUAUGAGUUGAAGUUGGAUCUUUAUGAUAAGGUCAUUGUGGAGGAAAGCAAAAUAAAUGUAGGUGUAAGGAGCAUAUUCUGCAUCUUAGAGAAAGCUGAGAAAGUGUGGUGGAAAAAAUUACUCCGUGGGGAUGGCAAAGCCCCUCAUUAUGUCAAAGUGGAUUGGGACAAAUGGGUGGAUGAAGAUGAAGACAAGGGUGCUGGCAAUCUUGACUCGGGAGGAAUGGACUUCUCGAACUUUGGUGGGAUGGGCGGAAUGGGCGGCAUGGGUGACAUGAUGGGAGGGAUGAGCGGAAUGGGCGGCAUGGGUGACAUGAUGGGAGGGAUGGGCGGCAUGGAUGAGUUUGAAGGCAGUGAUGAUGAAGGGCAAGAAGCAACAAAGCAAGCUGACAAGGCUGAAGGAGAUGCAAAGCCAGAUGAGCAUGGCGCAGGAACUUCGGAGAAAAAGGAAGCUGAGGCAAGCACAUGAAAUCAGUUUAGCUGAAAAUUGAAAUGCUGUUUAGCUAUGGGUGUGCGUUAUAUUUUUUUUUCCGUAUCUUGGACAGGAAUGUAAGCCUGGUGUGUUUUUAACUGCGUGAGAUUAAAAAUUUGGU